AUGACUUUGGUUCUAGGGCCAGACUGGCAGUUUGCACGGCCCCAAGCAACGAGACCGUCAUCUGGGCCCCAUUACUUCUGGCUCUGGAGACAAGAAUGGAUGGGUGCCCGAGCUGGACACGCGAAAGCGAGGAAGACCCACGAGGAGACAGCGAAUGGAGGCCCAAGCCAAGCAGGAGGAUUAGGCCGGGAGGGAGGACGGCGCGAACUUCACCCUUCUCCCGAGCGCGCCCGGCGGCCCGGCCCCAUUCUGCCCGCGCGGCCGCCGCUCGGACCGGGGCGCGUGUGUGACUGCUGCUCUGCAGCAUUCCUCACCUGGCAGCCCGUACUCACCGGUCCCCAGCUCCGGGCCGCGAAUCCCGAGCUGGGGUCGAUCUUUUCCGCUGGGGUCGAUCUUUUCCGCAGCGGUCAGUUCCGGGUCGUGUUCCUCCGCCAGCACCCAGGGCGACGGCGCGUCCCCGCCCGGUAA